AUGUUCUCACAGUACAUCAAUCAGCACCAAUGGCUUAGUAAAAACAGCCAACGGUGUAUGGUACAUUGUAGCGCCCUUUUAGCUAGAAGAGCUGGAAAAAGGAAAGCAAAAACUUCUUGUACCACUACUCAAUCUAUCGCAAAGCCAUUGGAACUAGAGAUACCCACUCUGAGCGCACAUAGGGCUCCAUACGAGGUUCCUGCUUUGAGAUGGGAAGACAAAGAAGUUGAAAAAGCUAUCAAUUCGAAAAGACUACUUUUACUUCUUGACUAUCAUGGUACUCUCAUGGGAUACGAAAAUCAAGACCAUCCAAAGCUUAUGAAAAUCCUCAAGAAGAUCUCUCAAACAUCAGAUCUAGUGAUCACCUCUGGAGGUCCAGCUAAAGAGCUCCUUGAAAGAUUUGAUGGGAUUCCUCAUCUUACUAUUGCUGCUGAGAUGGGAGCCGCAGUGUUUUUUGAAGGAAAAGAAAUCAAAAGUGCUCCAGUGGGAACUCGAGAAGAAGUCAAGAGGAUCGAACAGAUCUGUAAUCGAGUUAUCAAAGAUCUAGAUAAAGAUGAAUACGUAAAGAAUGAUCAAUUGAAGCCAUACCCUGACAGGGAAUAUUCAUAUCGGUUUGCUAUUGGAGAAAAAGUUGACCCAAACUUUAUAUCCUUACUCUUUGAGACUAUCAAGCAAGAACUCAAGGAUGAAGGAUUAACAGCCUGGAACGCAGUGUUACCACGAAGUAAGAGGUUUUUAAAUAUCUGGCUAGCCAAUCAAAGUAAGAUAGAACUUGCAGACGCUCUUCUUCAAAAAGCUAUUAAUGAAGGCCAAGAGUAUGAUUACGUGAUUGGUAUGGGAGACGCUGAACUAGAUGAACCUUUACUUGAGUAUCUCAAUCAACACACAUUUCUUUCUAUCAUGGUCGAGAAUGAGUUUCAUAAGAGAGUAUGGACAGCUGCUCAGUUUCGUCUUCCGCUUGUUGAGGAAGCUCAGGAUCUACUGGAACAUAUUGCUAAUCAAAGGAUCAAGAGAAUAGAGUUACAAAAAUCAGAGUAA